AUGCUGGAAACCUUUUUUUCCGGGCUGGCAUCCAUCUCAACAGCCAACCUCGUCUCCUCAGCGGUAAUAUGUACAGCGCUGUACCUCGCCGGUGUGGCCGUUUACCGUCUCUACCUCUCACCGAUAUCGCACUUCCCGGGCCCGAGGCUGGCCGCGUUGACAUGGGCCUACGAGUUCUACUACGACUGGGUUCUCCCCGGGAAGUACUACGAGCGAGUAGCCGAGAUGCACAGGCAAUAUGGGUCAAUCGUGCGAGUCACCCCGGAUGAACUCCAUAUCCUCGACCCCUUAUAUUACGACGGGGUUUAUGUAACUGCAGCCACACGGCGGACGGAUGUUCCCUAUGACUUUGGACUUGGCACAGGAUUCCACGAUAUUGCACGAAAUGCUCAGAGCCACGACGACCAUCGUGGGAACUAUCGAUUCCUGAAAGCCUUCUUCUCGCGAGCUUCCAUCACGCGGCUCGAAGGCCUGACGACGGAGCGGUUGGAUCGGCUUGAUGCGCGGUUGCGAGAAUGGGUGGAUGCCGCGGAGCCGGUGAACCUCACCUAUGCGAUGUACUCGUAUGUGACUGGUGAGUCUGUGGGAUACAUCAUAUCUUCGAUGCUCUUUGAAGAGCCAUGCGACUUCUUGAGUGACCCGGGGUUCAAUGGGUCCUGGUUCGAAAAGCUGAAACACGGGAUGGUCAAUGUUCCUCUGUUUGCGUUCAUGCCUUGGCUUCCAAGAAUCAUCGCCCUGCCACUGGUGAGCUACUUGUUCGACAGAGAAAAGAGGUGGGCUGUUUUUGAUGAACGCACACAACGCCAGCAAAUGACUCGCCGAGAUCGGCCGAGCGACGCGACCUCAACUCGCUCGGGGAAGACCCUGUUCGACGAGCUUGUCCGACAGAACCAGACCAAGGUCCCGUUCGACGCGGACGUAUGUAGGGAGGUGGCCCAGGUGCGUUUGGAUGGAUCUCCAUUCAACCAAAAAAAUAAGAAAAGAAAGAAUGAAAGAAAGAAUGAGAGAAAGAAAUCCUCAAAGAAGGUUCAAUCCUGA